UUGCAGCAGAGCCGAGUAGAACAGAGAAUAAGGAAGCAACAUGUGCUUACCAUAAUAACUCCAACAAAGCAUCAGCACAGAGACAGGCAGCCAGACGCGAUAAGAGCAGAGGGUCCGAGGACGCGCACCGACGACUUUAAUUUCACAAUCAGGACACUUUUUAAAAACACUAUGAAAAGAGAGGUGAGGGCUGGAGUCAACUUCCUCAAACGUCUGGUUGUGGCACGUGGCAAGCUCAGCGAAGCCAAAGCGGAGUUGUUUGCUGAGAAACUCCAGAAACUUUUAUGUGACAAAUAUGAUGACCACUGGUAUCCUGACUGUCCGAGCAAAGGCCAGGCAUAUAGAUGCAUUCGUAUAAAUAAUGGAGCGCUCUGCGACGAGGUGCUCCUCAAGGCGUGUGAGGAGAGUGAGCUCACACCCAGCGAGCUGAGUCUUCCGCUUGAAAUCACUCUGUGGAUUGACCCGCUGGAGGUCUGUGCAAGGUCCGGGGAGAACAGCAGGCCCUUCACAAUAGCCCGUUUCGACGCGGAAGAGGAGGAGGAGGAGGAGGAAGAGGAGGAGGGCGUGAAGGGAGACGGGGACGACUCCUCGGUGGUCUCGUUAAACCUGGACACGUCAGAUUACCACUCCGCCACCUCGUCGGACUGCGGUUCAACCGCGUCGAGCGACACGGAGGAGGAGGCCAAAGAUGGCGAGACAGAGGGAGAGCAAGAAAAAGAGGAGGAGGUUGCCAAGAAGGACGCUGCAGAAGGCGACACCUACACGAUAGUGAUGGUGCCCAGGAUUCGGAAGCGGCACGGAGAAGCACCAAAUAAGGUCAAAUACGUCAGAAAUAUGCUCCCUGCUAGCCUCCAGUACUUCUACCACCCUACACCAGUCUGGCCUCAGUACAAGAAGGCUGCUCCGGUUUUCCUCACGACAGUGUGCGCACCUCCUGCGCCACCACCUCCGCACCAGCAGGUCUUCGGCUACUACAUCAUGCCACAGCCAUCCCCGCAGUUCAUAUUGCCCCAGGCCACCCUGCACCCGUGGGGAGCUGUGAAGGGUUAGACUGUUACACGUGUGUGUUGGGCGGCAUUAUAACCUCCUUCAACUGAGCCAUCUGAUGUCGGAUCUCUGCUAAACGUGGGCAUAAAAAUAACUUCUUUUUAAACUGUAAAGUGUAAAGUUAUUCCUUGCACAAUCUGUAGUAAUUCUCGUUUCUGGCGAUUUGCCCUUGAUGACUUGUACUCUAAACUGACCACUGAACUUGAGAGAGAACUAGCUGUCAUGUCUGCACUGUUAAUUUCCCCUGAAUUUCCUGAAUACUGUGCUUGGACCAACUCAGGAACUCUCUGCAAUAUGUCUAAUGCCAAAUAAUCUCCUUUUUCUACUUUUUUUUUUGUGUGUGUGUGAAUCUUUUCCAGUUUGUUUCACCAAAUAGGGUUCACUGUGGAAAAAGUCAUGGAUAAUCAUUGUAACAUGUGAUUCAGGGUUUUAAUCUAUUGUAGCUAGCAGACAAUACAUGUAUAUUGAGAAGAAUAUUUUUUACUGAACUGCGUGUAAAUAUCACAGAUACCACGGACUGUUGCACACUUUCUGAUCUUACCGUUGUAAUUUAUUUAGCCACCAGUGGAUGGCACCCAACUCCCACCUAUAUGAGAUUGUAUAUUUUUUUUUUUAUCAGCAGUGGCUGCUGUUUGUAAGCGGAACACAGUUUUGUUUUUAAAACCUUCUCUUUCUGCUGUCGAUGAAAUCUAUAAAGCGGUGCUUCCUUUACAGGGAAUUCUGUUUGCUUCAAGCUUCACAACGUGUUUGUUGAAAACAGCCUUCGUUGCUUCGAGCAGCCAUGCCAUUCCUCGAUACAAACGCAUACUUCACUCAGCUCUUGUAAUUAUUCAGAUGGAUAUUUAUUUGCUAUUGGUGUCACUUUGAAGUUUAUGUGAUCAUUGUUUUGCUUUCACCCUUUGCAUUAGCCAUUUACCUGCUUGUUGCAGUGUAUUAAACAAACCCAUACCUGAAACUUAAAA